GAUAGAAAGAGAAUAUUACAGUUUUUAGAUUUAAAAUAUAUAUUAAAUCAUAUUGAGACUGUUUUGAACGUAGAAAACAGGAACCUUAAGGCUUUCGCUGCUUCAGCACAGUCUUUUAUCUGAAGAGCACACCACGAGUUUACGGAACAAAGGAAGAACACAAAAAAAAUCACUGAUAUUACUUUGAACCGCUGAUAACAUUUGAAUAAGCACCAAGAAAUUACUGAAGAUAUCGAAUGGGAACUAUGUCCUGUAAUUGAAGCAUGGCAUCUCAUACCAGUUUGAUGGACAUCUGACUUUAUUGGUGAGUUUUGUGCUUUUCAGAGAUUUUGGUGCCUGCCGGAUGGUCAGUAACAUGGACUUCAGUCUCUCGGUGAUGUUUUGGUUUUGAUGAAGGGCCUUUGGGUUUGGGACAUUUCUGCAAUGCUUAAGUAAAACUACACCUACAGCUCACACAGUCUUCAAGUUUUUAACCAUCCACUAACACAUUCAAAGACUAUGAGAGCCGAGAUAUUAUUAUUGGUACUGCAAUGCCUGCUGGGAUUUGUGCACUAUGGCCGAGCCUUGUCAACUUGCAGUCCUUUAGACUUGGAAUUGAUAAAGAGAAAGCGUGUUGAAGCUAUUCGUGGUCAGAUUCUCAGCAAGCUGCGAUUACCCAAAGAACCAGAAAUGGAUGAAGAAGAAGAAUCUCAAACCAUCCCUCUAGAACUCUUGUCAGUGUACAACAGCACUGUGGAGUUAAGUGAAGAAAAGACGGUGGACCCUGAACUUGUACCUGCAGAGGAAACAGCGAAGGAGGAAUACUACGCUAAAGAAGUUCACAAGUUUCAAAUGGAGCUGAUGGAAAACAACGUAGCCAAGUACGUAUGGUUCAACAUCACAGAGAUGAAUCACACAUUGGGUUCAGAGCGCAUCAUACACCAGGCAGAGCUCCGUAUGCUUGUUAAACAAGUUAAUUUAGCUCCUGGUUCAGAGCAAAGACUGGAACUGCACCAGGUCAUUGGAAAUAAAACCCGUUACCUGGAUUCACGCUUCAUUACCAAAGAACUAGAAAAGAAACGGCUGUCUUUUGACGUGACGCAGACCUUGAAGAACUGGCUGCAGAAGUCAGAAAAGAGACAAGGAUUUCAGCUGAGGCUACACUGUGAAUGUGGUGAACCCGAGGCAAAGUUUGACUUCACCAUAACGGCUUUGUCUAAAGAAAGAGUUGAUACAGCAUUCUUAACUGAACAGUUAAGGCCCCACAUUUUGGUGAUGUCACUUCCUGCUGAUCGCCACAGUCAUUUGAAAUCUCGCAGCAAGCGGCAAGCAGAAACAGAUGCAGUUUGCACUGAAAAGUCUGACGGUUGCUGUGUGAGAAGUCUGUAUAUCGACUUUCGCAAAGACCUGGGCUGGAAGUGGAUACACAAGCCCUCGGGUUACUAUGCCAACUAUUGCACUGGCUCUUGCUCUUACUUCUGGAAUUCAGAAAAUAAGUAUUCGCAGGUACUUGCACUAUAUAAGCAUCAUAAUCCUGGCGCCUCUGCUCAACCUUGCUGUGUACCGCAAGUUCUAGAUCCAUUGCCCAUUCUGUACUAUGUGGGGAGGCAGCAUAAGGUAGAACAGUUGUCAAAUAUGAUUGUGAAAACCUGCAAGUGCUGCUGAGGUCACGAUUUUCCUGUGGUCCUGAUGGGAGGAAUAUCUCGUGGAUGAGGUCUAAGUUUGUACUGUUUUCUGCUGUAUUCUGUAUACUGUAUUGUUACCUAUUCAUUUGUUUGAUCAUUUUUAGUUCACAGACAUCACACAUGUACGUUUUUCAUACAAGUGGUAAUACAGCAUCUAUUGUUUAAUAUAAAGGUUGCCAACUGAAAGUAUUAAGUAACUCUCAAAUAAAUUGUGACUGAAUUUUUCACCACACUACUGUCCAUUUUGUAUUGUACAGACUUUUUUUGGUGAAAUACAUUUCAUUCAGUUGUGCUUUAAGAAAACUGUUAUAAAUAUAUGUAAUCUGAUGCACAAUAGGCCUUUACAAGUUGUUCUGUUCCUCUGUUUUUUUUUUGUAAUGCUGUUGGCAGUGAAAAAGACAAAAACUUGUUCCCAAAUACAUGCUAUAAGAACGUAAACGGCCAUAAUUUUAUCAUAUAUAUCCCCAUAUUUAGUAAACAUAUUGCCAAAAUUUUUUCAAGUCAGCCGUCAUGAUACAUUCAGUUGCACACGCACAACUGUGAUCACUCUUGAAUGUUUUUCAUUGUUGAGUUUUCCAAGCUCCCACUGUCCAGAUCUGUUACAGCUGUUCAGGAAAUCUGAACAAUUUCCUGCAGGCCAGUUUUGUCUAUCUUCUGUUGCUUGAUAUGAAGGAAGUGGAUUAAAUACAGUACAUGUUUGUACACUAGAUUCUACACUGUCUACACAACUCCUUCCUGGUGGAACAUUCUUCCUAACUCAGUCAGGUCAACCACAUCUCUCACAACAUUCAAAAAACUACUUAAAACCCAUCUCUUCUGUGAAUACUUGACAGACAAAUGAAAAAAAGGUAUUGUUCUGGCUUUUGUUGAAACUAGUAACUUGGUAUUAGCACCUAUUGUAUUAUUGCUCCUUUAUGACAUAUCGCUUUAUUGCUCCCUGAACUCUCUGUAAAUUGCUUUGGAUAAAAGCGUCUGCUAAAGGAUUAAUGUAAAUGUAAAUGUAGAUUAAUGCAUAUAAUUGUAUGCUCUUGCUCAAAAUAUAAUAGUUGUACAAUUAAU